AUGCCUCUUAUCUCUGCGUCCACCUGGAACUCCCUCGGGCUUAGCGUCGCGGCUACUUUCGCGAUUCUCGGCUCGAGCGCUUUGUUCGACAAGAAGCGCACUGCUGAGCUAUUUAGCCUUGAGCCGCUGUCGACGAGUGAUGAGAAGCCUAAAGAUGGCGGUGCUAAUAGUUCCAGCCUUGUGGGCUUGUUAGUUGGUUCUCGCGAUCUUACCAUGGCGGCUACGUUGUUUGCGCUGCAUCGGGCUGGGCAGACGGAUGCGAUGGGCACUGUUAUACUGAGUUCGAUGAUUAUUUGUGCGGCGGAUGUUUAUAUUGUGUGGAAGGGGAAGAAACGGGCUGAGACUGCUAUGUUUGCUGUGGGUGCGGGUAUUUGGGCGGCUAUAGGAUUUGGUCUGAAGGGCUAUUUUGACUGA